ACACACCAGCUUCUCGCGGGAGGUUCACCGGAGGAACAUGUCUGCCGUCCUAGGAGGCCAGGCUAUGAAUGUGUGAUUGAUGCACUUCGUUCAACCAUUCUGCAGCAGAAUCUGUUUUAAUAUACAGCAAAAAGCAAAGUGAGCAUGUUUCAUGGCUCUUUAUCAUUUUAGUUACAAGUUAUAUUUUAAGCACAAUUGACCCAGACGGUGAAUUUUUGUAUCAUCAUGAGUUCCACUUUAAGGAGCAAUGAGAAGUCCAAUGUAUCGCUUCGAGAAGAACACAAAUAUUACUUGGUUGUUCAAGAUUGUAGUAUAAAUGACAGAGUGACUCAGAAGUCUGCAAAGUUGCCAAAAGGCAGAAUAUUAAUGUUAAACAAUGAGCGAGGCCAUCAUAUGUCAAAUAUCUAUGGCACCAGUAAGAGUAAAAGGUUUGUGUCAGUGCAGUGCUUAGAACAACCAUACCCUAUCAUGUCUGUUGAAGAAAAGGAUAUUCAGGAAAUUGAUGAAAAUAUAGCUGAGCUGCUAUUAGCCAUUCCAAACCCCGAUGAGAGAUAUAUGCUGUCUAAAGACAAAGCAAAACUACAGAAAGCACUCUGGAUUGAUUGUGGCACAAAAGUGAAAGUUCAGCUGAGGACUGGUGAAGAAAAAACACCUGGCAUUGUGCGAUUUAAGGGACCGUUAUUGCAAAGCAACCCGCUGUCUGGAUUAUGUUUUGGAGUUGAAUUGUUGGACGAAGGUUGGGGGCGGGGUUAUACAGAUGGUUGCUACCAAGGCAAACAUCUCUUCAACUGUGAUGAAGAUUGCGGAAUCUUUGUUGCUUUUGACAAGUUGGAAAUUGUUGAAGAAGAUGAUGAAGAGGAUGGUGUACUUGAAUCUAAUAAUGCUGACAUUUUGGAUUUUAAUGGAAAACCUAUCGAAGUGAACUCGAGGGUGUCUACGUACAUCAGAAACAAAAUAGAGUUUGGCACGGUUGUAUUCUGUGGUCUGUUGCCUGGAAAGGAAACCCAUGGCUAUUUUGUUGGUGUUGAUAUGGAUAAUCAACUUGGAGAUUGGGAUGGUAUAUACGAUGGAAAGGUAUUGUGUAACGUUCCUCCAGACGAAAGAAUUCUCCUUUUGAAGAUAAAGGAUGUAAUGCUAGAGACGACUCCAGGGACACAAGCACAACAUCAGAAACCAGGCAUUGGAUCAUCAGGAGGUAUUGGUGAAAGGAUUGCAUCAAAUUUGUACAAAUCAAAGAGCAAAGAACUGGCUUCACAGUCUGGAAAAUCGCCAGGUCAUAAUAGGAGCAGAUCUGAAUUUCAUUUCACAUUUCAUACCACAUCUAAUGAUCCGCAAACAAAAUCAAAAAGCACAUGGUACAUUGAUGAAGGAAGUGAAGACUCUGCAAAAUCACUCACAGAUACACACUCCAAAUUCAGUCAGUCACCACCCACAAGAUCAUCACUUCAACCUUCCCUUUCAAAUGAAAAUAGAUGUCAUUCGUUGCCCUUCAGCCUUACUAAAAAGUUUGGCCCUGAUGGAAGCAUUGGCCAAGGUCUUUCCUCGUCCGUGCAGUCAAUGAUGGAUUUGAAUAUCGGUGAGAAUCAGGACAUUGAAGUGACUGGAACACCAGCAAAGGAACAGCAUAGCUUGGAAGUAGGAUCAUUGGUUGAGGUGAAUGAAAAUCCUCCUCUUUAUGGAGUAAUUCGGUGGAUUGGCCAUCCUCUGGGAGUUAAUGAACAACUAGCUGGACUUGAACUUGAAGAAGAAAGUGUAGGCUGUACAGAUGGUACCUUCAAGGGAUUGCGCUACUUCACAUGUGCAUCAAAGAAGGCUUUGUUUGUAAAACUUAAAAGCUGCCGGCCCGAUUCGAGAUUUACAUCUUUGCCUCAUCACCCAAAUCAGAUUGAAAGAUGCAAUUCUAUUGCAUUUGGAGGUUAUCUAAGUGAAACAGUGAAAGAAAACACACCUCCCAAAAUGGAAAAAGAAGGACUGGCUAUAAUGGUCGGGAAGAAAAGGGAUCAAGGACAUUAUAAUUCCUGUUAUUUAGACUCAACUUUGUUCUGUAUGUUUUCAUUUAGUUCUGUGUUGGACACAGUGUUGCUCAGACCUAAAGAAAAGGAUGAUGUUGAAUUUUAUAAAGAUACGCAAGAUCUGUUGAGGACCGAAAUAGUCAAUCCCCUUCGAAAUCAUGGAUAUGUGUGUGCAACUAAAAUAAUGAAACUGCGGAGAAUUCUUGAAAAAGUUGAGGCCGCUUCAGGAUUUACUUCAGAAGAAAAAGACCCUGAGGAAUUUCUCAACAUAUUGUUUCAUCACAUAUUAAAAGUUGAACCUUUGUUGAAAAUCAGGUCAGCGGGUCAAAAAGUACAAGACUGUUACUUUUACCAGAUAUUCAUGGACAAAAAUGAAAAUGUUGGGGUGCCAACGAUGCAACAACUGCUUGAAUGGUCUUUUAUUAGCAGUGACCUUAAAUUUGCUGAGGCCCCUUCAUGUCUGAUAGUUCAGAUGCCUCGAUUUGGAAAAGAAUUCAAGAUGUUUGAUAAAAUCUUUCCAUCUUUGGAAUUGGAUAUUACAGAUUUAUUAGAAGACACACCCAGAGAAUGUCGUAUUUGUGGAGGUCUGGCUUUCGUUGAAUGCAGAGAAUGUUAUGAUGACACAGAUAUAACUGCUGGAAAAAUCAAACAGUUCUGCAAAGCUUGUAAUACGCAAGUACAUCUCCACCAUAAGAGACAAGGACAUAAGCAAAGAAAAGUGUGUCUCCCAGAACAGAUGGCUGACUAUGCCUGGAGACAAUGUUGUGUACCUAGACAGAAGAUGAAACUGUUUGCAGUGCUCUGUAUAGAGACGAGUCAUUAUGUUGCUUUUGUCAAAUAUGGCCCAGAUGACUCAGCAUGGUUGUUCUUUGACAGCAUGGCAGAUCGAGAUGGUGGGCAGAAUGGCUUCAACAUACCCCAAGUGUCUCAGUGUCCAGAGAUAGGAAAGUACUUAAAAAUGUCACCAGAAGAUCUACAUGAAUUGGAUCCAAAAAGUAUUCAUGGCUUUGCUCGAAGACUGUUAUGCGAUGCUUAUAUGUGCAUGUACCAGAGUCCCACCAUGAGUUUGUACAAAUAGACUAUGGACUUUUAAAUAAGCAAAGCAGCAACUUAAAUUAUUACAUGUGAAGGAAUGUCCUAGGUGCAGAAAAUAAAUGGGAAUGUUGCAGCAAAAUGAUUUGCAGUGUUAUAUGUGUCUAAUAUUUCUGAAGUCUCUACUGCUGUGGUUGAUUAUAAGGCUCCUUUUAAAAGUUUUUGCCUCUAAAAUGAAGCUUCGACAAUAGCCUGUAAAUGUAUACUGCAUUUUCUUUGAUUUAACUUUGAAAAUGUUCUUACCUGUUGAUAAAUCAUAAUAUUUUUUAGAAUAAUGUGAUUGGUUUACUAUUACAAAUAUAAAUCAACCAUCCUCAGAACAUUGCUGAACUGUCAAGCAGAGAAACUAAUUUGCAUGUAGCCCAUUUAGCACAUAUUGCUUGGACAAACUUCCAUUCAUUAUCACGGGUAUAGUAAAUCUGAUGACUUGCUAGUUACUGCUACUUUCCAUGUGUUUGUACUGCUUUGCAAGAGUCUUAGUGAUUUUGGUUCAAUUAAUUUUCUGCUUAACAUUUUUGAGGCUUGUGAAUGAGAAGUUUUACCAAAUAUGUUGUAGACCACAGCUCACAUCAGUAAACCAUACUUUUGAUCUGAGUUUAUAUAUUUUUAUAUCUUCAAGUCCAAAUUUGCAGUAUGUUGCUUUUCAGCUUUAAUGCAUCCUUGAAGUGUUUGGGUUCCUUAAAUUGGUUAAUAUCAUUAAAAUCAAAACAACUUAUUUAAAGGACUGUGCUAUCUGAGUAGAAGUCAAGUAUAUUGUUAUAAAUUGCUUGCAGAUUCUUUCUUCAUUAUUGAAAUCUACCUGAAUAGAAGCGAGCUGGCAAAGGUGAAGAAAAAUAUGGGUGUGAUUAUCUACCUGUGCUAGUUUUAUGCACCUAAUGCUUGUUCAAGAGCAUUAGCAAAGGUCUGAACAGGUUGCCUUUGUGCCUUUGAAAGUCAUGGGGGCAUGUUGGGGACCUAAAUAACAAUGGAGAAGAUAAAAUGAUUGUUCCUCUCUACAUAUGCCUGGAUUAAUUGUGUUGCGAUGCACUAGAUUUUAAUUUAUAUUUUGAAUUGCGACUACAACUGAAGUAGGAAAUGCAUGAGGUUAUUAUUUUUGUAAAACCUGUUGAGUUUGAGCUUGCAUGUUAAUUUGUCUUUGAUAAAAACUCAGGUAUGGCAUUAUGAAUGGCACUUGAAAAAUGGGAAUUACUCUUGCGAUUACAGAAAUGGCUUUUUAACCACAUAUCCCACAAGCUCCAUAAUUAGUUUUUCAAUAAUUGCUAAAGCAUUUCACUCCAGGGGAGUAGAAAGAUAGCUCCUGUCCUUUUCUGCUCUUAAAAGGUCGAGCGUAAUCAUCCAAACUGAAAAGUUAUAAUCCAAUUCCUGUCUCAAUACAACAGACUCGAUCAAAGCAAGUGAACUGUUGGGCAGGGGACGAUGCACAUUCCCUCCUGCCUGACAUUUUAACAGCGGAUUUAACAACAACAAUGGAAAAAGGACAAGGUUCGGUCCAAAGAGAUACUUAAAUCUCAGACCAUUGGUAGCUCUUCCUUUCAUUUUCAAUAUUUAGGGGUAGGAAAAUGACAAUACCAUACAUUUCAUAGCAAUACAGUAAGAUGGUGGAAUCCUGUAGAUCAGUGGUUAGAGCACUCGCCUUGCAAGCGAGACAC